AUGGAGCGCGACUCCGCGAGGCUGCUGAGGCCGACGGGCGAUGAUGAGUCAGUAGCAGAGGAGAGCACCACCUCCAUGACGGAGAUCGUCAGCACGCUCCUCAGCGGCCUGUGCGGCUGCUGCGGCGCGCUUGGUUACCAGAAGGCCGAGGCGGAGGAAAAAGGCAUGGAUCUCGUGCCUGUCGAGCGCCGCACGUCCGGCGCAAAGGCGGUGCGUGCGGUGCUGGAGGCGGAGGACGCGGCCGAGGCCGAGGCCGAGGUGGCUCGAAUGGCGGAGGCGGCUCGCAAGGCUGCUGCCGACGAGGCGGAUGUGGAGGAGGAGCGCUCUGUCAUAGAACUCACACCUGAGGAGGCGGAGCGGGCACGCGCCGACGCGGUCGAGGCAGCUGCUGCGGCCGCGGCGGCCGCUGCGGCCGCUGCGGCCGAGGAGCGCUUGGCGGCGCGGACGCAGGAAGCACAGUUGACGGUCGAGGUGGAGGCAGCGAGGGUGGUGGCGGCGGAGGCGGCGGCGGAGGCGGCGGCGGCGGAGGCGGCGAGGGUGGCGGCUGAGGAGGCGGCGAUAGCAGAGGCGGCCGCUGCGGAGAAGGCUCGCAGGGAGGAGGAGGAGGCCGAGGCUGCACGCGCCGAGGCGGCUCGGGUCGAGGCGGAGAAGGCGGCGGAGGAGGAGGCGGCUGCUGCGGCUGCGGCUGCGGCUGCGGAGAUGGAGGCGGCGCGUGUCGCUUCCGAAGGUCGAUCGGCGAGCCAGCUUCAGGCGGUCGCGCGAGGCCGGCAGGGGCGGGCCAAGGCGGCUGUUGCAGCCGCCGCGAAGGCGGAAGCGGCGGCGGAGGCGGCGAGGGCGGCGGCGGAGGAGGCGGCGGCGGAGGCGGCGAGGAUGGCGGCGGCGGCGGCGGCGGAGGAGGCGGCGAGGGUGGCGGCGGAGGAAGGGGCGGCGAGGGUGGCGGCGAGGGUGGCGGCGGAGGAGGCGGAGGCGGGGGCGGCGAAGGCGGCGAGGGUGGCGGAGGAGGCGGCGGCGGAGGCGGCGGCGGAGGCGGCGGCGGCGGAGGCGGCGAGGGUGGCGGCUGAGGAGGCGGCGAUAGCAGAGGCAGCCGCUGCGGAGAAGGCUCGCAGGGAGGAGGAGGAGGCCGAGGCUGCACGCGCCGAGGCGGCUCGGGUUGAGGCGGAGAAGGCGGCGGAGGAGGAGGCGGCUGCUGCGGCUGCGGCUGCGGCUGCGGAGAUGGAGGCGGCGCGUGUCGCUUCCGAAGGUCGAUCGGCGAGCCAGCUUCAGGCGGUCGCGCGAGGCCGGCAGGGGCGGGCCAAGGCGGCUGUUGCAGCCGCCGCGAAGGCGGAAGCGGCGGCGGAGGCGGCGAGGGCGGCGGCGGAGGAGGCGGCGGCGGAGGCGGCGAGGGUGGCGGCGGAGGAGGAGGCGGCUGAGGCGGCGAGGGCGGCGGCGGAGGCGGCGGCGGAGGAGGCGGCGAGGGUGGCGGCGGAGGAGGCAGAGGCGGCGGCGGAGGCGGCGAGGGUGGCGGCGGAGGAGGCAGAGGCGGCGGAGGCGGCGGCGGCGGAGUCGGCAAGGGUGGCGGAGGAGGCGGAGGCGGCGAGGGUGGCGUAG